AUGUCUUUAUCGCGACUAGAUUCCCUUCCAAAAAGUGAGCCACAGCUUACCAAAACUAAUAACAAAAGAAUCACAAAACGAAACAAUCAUUCAAGAUAUAAUUUCGAUUCAUUACCUUCGAUUUCCAAAUGUCCUAUUGAUGAUAAUGACAGCGCAAAUGCAGAUGACCAAUUCUUACUUCGCGAAACUUCUGAUCCUAAGUUCUCGCAAAAACCACUUUGUGAUCGUUGUGACGUGUCAAAAGAACGAGUGAAAACUCUUAAUGAAAGCUUUGGAAAAAUUGAGGCUAUAAUGGAUGCGUUAGCCAAAACUACUACUGGAGCUGAAUCGUUAAAGAAUCAUGCGGCAAUGCAUGAAGGAUAUUAUCCAGAUAAAUCCGAUGAGGAAGAGCAGAGUAAAAAUUUUAAUCAAGAUUUUUCUAAUUGUAGUUUUGAAGAUUUGAAGAAUCUUGCUAACCUUGCAUACAAUAAGUGCGCCGAGGAUCUAUUAGCGUUAGAUUCUCAGCACAUUAUCCCUAUUGUGAGUGAAGCUGGUCUGCAAAAGCAUUCACUUGAACAUACAGAAUCUACCUGUAGGAAUAUUAUUUCAAAUGAAAAGAAUGCAGGUCAAAUGAUGGAUCUCAGAACUUUUGCUAUUCCAGUACAGCAACCGAUAUUCUUGAGUCAAUAG